CACGGAAAAGCACACCUCACACACACACACACUCAGUCCCGUGCAGGCGCCCCUCUUAAAGCUGCAUUGCGUGCGUACAGACAGCCGGCCGGGCCGGGAGAGGGAAAGAGUGUUUGCUUCCUUUCUUGUAUUAUCCCCCCAGCCCAUCCCUCCCUUCCUUCUCCUUGUCUGGCAGUCAUGCAAAAGGUAACAUAAAAGCCACCCACCACCCCCAGACACCCCCGAAAAUGUCGAUAAAACAAGAAGCCAAAAGGAAGAACGGAAGAACGCAAAAGAAGCGAAAGAAAAGCGAACAAAUAAAAACAACAGCUUCUCUUCAGUCCCCCUCCUCCUCCUAUGGCUUCUUGUGUAUAUGUAUCUGUGUGUCUGUGCGAGUGUGUGUUUCUCUUUCCAAAACAGGAGGGGAGGUGAUGAAGGGGUAGAACUCUUUCUUUCCUUUUCUCACUCGCGGCACGUUUGCGCCGACCGAGCGCCAUUCACUUUCCAUCGGCAAACCAGCCAGCCAACCAGCCAGCCGGUUCUCCCGCUGGGGAGGAAAUUUUUCCAUUUGGCGUUUUCGGUGUGUCGAAUUCUUCAACUUUUUUUUUGUUUUCUUUUGGAGCCGGUCGAUUAGUUGCGCUUGGUUGCAUAUUGUCAUGGUUUUUUCGGUGCGUAUGUGUGUGUGUGUCGGUAAAGGGUGAGCGAGUGAAGGGAUGAUGUCAGUAUGCCAACUCCAAUUUCAACUGCGUAUGCGUAUUCGCAACAGCUGUGAGAUUGUUAUUUACAUGGCGCACACGAACACACACAAACACACGGGGAGGAAGGGGGUGGAGGUAUGCGAAACCGCGACGUUCUUUUGGGUACACGACCACCAAACCGCGAACUUGAAUGCGUCUCCUCCAGCUGCACCUCGCCGCUCUUAUGCCACACACUCGCGCCUGUGUCUCUUUGUGGGGGGACCGGGGGUGGGGGUGGUAGUUUGGCUGGCCACACACAAUCAUCAGCAGCAGUCAUUAUCUCACUGUUAACGUCGUAUGUCUGUUUGGACGCCGUCAUCAGCCGAGUGAAGGAGGCUCGACACGACGACGGCGACAAAAACACAUCGAUGUUGUGUGGGUCUGUGUGUGUUUGUACGGAGAGGCCGUCGGAAAUUUGCGUGUGGUAGCUCCCCCAUUCAGUGGGGUGGAAGAAACGCAUAUCAAAACGCGCGAGCUAUUAAAUUGCGAGUAGUGCGAGCGAGAGAGAGAAGCGAGGGCCGGCACGCUCGCUACUAGUAAUAAGUAUUGGUAGCAGAGUGAACAGAGUGUUCUUCGGUCCGAGCGCGAGUCGCGAUUGAAAUAAAAACAAAAACCCACCCCUUCUCAACACCCACCCCCUCUAACACACACACACACACACCUGCGAAGAGCGCCGCAACGAGAGCCACAAACGCAACGCACCGAUAAGUGAUCGUGUGUGAGUGUUCUCUAUCCGCGCGCGCGUGUGUGUGUGUGUGAGAGGUAAUGGUGGCGGCGGUGAUGGUGGCGGCUGCGACGCGCAACGUGUUUAUUGGCGGAGCCGCAACACAACAGCGGGCAACGGGAAUUGGGUAGAUGAAAAACAAAAUUCGCGAAUCGCACCGCGCUCAGUACGAGACUUGCCGUCGCUCGGUACGGAACGGACACGAGCCAAGCAGGCCAAACCGAACGCAAACCAAACGAUCGUGUACGGGUGCUAGCGUGUGUGUGUGUGAGAGAGAGAGGCAGAGAGCCCGCACCGAGAGACACAGAAACCCGAAAAACAAGUCGCAAACGGCUUGUGCGAUCGUAAAGAACGCUGUAAUAAGUACGCCAAACACACAAACACUGGGUGUGUGUAAAGGCGGUAAAGGAAGGGGAUGUGCAGUUGAUGUGUGUGCCUGUGCUUUUUCCUCUUGUUUCACUGUUUUGGAGGCGGAAAAAGUAUACCUUUGUGUGUGCCUACCAGCUCUCUGUGUGUGAUUGUAAGCUCCAGUAAAGUGUGUUCCGAACCCGAUCGAGCAACACCGAUCGCGGUGUGAUCGAAUAUCCGUUUUUACUUUUCAAAAAAAAACCGGUGUAUGUUGGUGUCUCUCUCUGUGUGUGUUCUGCUUUAGGGAAAACUCCGGGUGGAGACCGAUGAAAAUCCGGUCGCUCGGGAACGGCAGAAACAUUCACUCUCACUCCGGCGGAUAGCGGACGUAAGUGGCCUUCUCCCACCCGCGAAUCCAGUUGCGGCACUGCGGGAUUGUGUGUGUGUGUAAUCGACGUGUUGUGCACCAGUACACCCACAAACAAUAUCGUUGCACUUUUGGAUGCGCACCAGGUGCAGUGUACAGUGUCAUUUCCUUCAAGUUUGCCGGUUUGUGUGGUAGUUGUCUGACCAACAACAAAAAUAAGGGGGGUGGAAGUCAAUUGUGAUCAACAACAAAAGCACCCUUUGCACUUUGGCGCUACAUGGACCCGGCAAGUGUUGUGUGAACACGCCAGUGGAGGGGAAAAGAAGUUCAGCCAAUCCAGUCAAUCUACACUUACACGCAUACACACUGGAUACCGAACCCGGCAGCACGAUGGACAGCUGGAUGCAAGAAGUGGUGUCGAUGAUGGCAGGUGAUGGAACGCCUGCAAGGAUCAAACAGGAACUGAUCGAAACGUCCUGCUGCAGUCCCUCGCCGUCGUCGGUCGGCAGCCUCUCCCAAACCAACAUACUGUACGGCAAUUCGCCCACGGGAAAGAUGGAUUUCAAAUGCAGCAGCAAUAACGGCGACACACAUCUGACCGAGCUGCACGGCAGCGGUGGAGCCAGUGGAAGCAGCGGCAGCGCUAAACCCCAGUCACCCGGCUCGCCGGACCGCCAGUUCUGCAGCUCGACAACGUCCGCGAUCGGGGACUUUGGCAGCGAUGGGACGAGCCACGACACGAUCAAGGAGGAGCUGCCGCGCCGCCUGUGUCUCGUGUGUGGGGACGUCGCGAGCGGAUUCCACUACGGCGUUGCCAGCUGUGAGGCAUGUAAAGCAUUUUUCAAACGCACCAUUCAAGGAAACAUCGAGUACACCUGUCCCGCGAGCAACGACUGCGAGAUUAACAAACGGCGACGGAAAGCGUGUCAGGCGUGCCGGUUCCGCAAGUGUCUGCUGAUGGGGAUGCUGAAGGAGGGCGUCCGGUUGGAUCGGGUGCGGGGCGGCCGGCAAAAGUACCGCCGCAAUCCGUGCUCGAACCCGUACCAGAUGCAGAUCAUUCAGUCGAACCAGCAGUACACGGCCCAAACGCUCGAGGACAUCAAGAUCCUGGAAGUAUUAUCCUCGUUCGAGCCGGAUCCGCUCUCGAUCGGUGGCACCGGGGGCGACGGCAUGAUGAGCGUCGGCGAGGAGCGCAACGGUGGCCAAGCGUCCAGCUCGUCGUACUCGUCGUCCUCGUCGUCGUCGUCGUCGGCAAGCAGCAACAGUAGCCACUCGCCCGGUGGUGGUGGUGCCACGGCGGCUGCCGCCGAUUCCGGCCUCGAUCGGAUGGCGAUCGGUGGCGAUGCGCAGGAAAUACUGAGCGUGCUGAGUGAUAUAUACGAUAAGGAGCUGGUCGGGGUGAUCGGGUGGGCGAAGCAGAUACCGGGCUUCACCGAUCUGCCGCUCAACGAUCAGAUGCGGCUGCUGCAGGUGAGCUGGGCCGAGCUGCUGACGCUAAUGCUUGCCUACCGGUCGAUACCGUUCGACGGUCGGCUGUACUUUGCCACCGAUUUCUGGCUGGACGAGCGAUCGGCAAAGGAGUGCGGUGCGCUUGAUCUCUACAACCAUCUCGCACAAAUCACCCAACGAUUGGAAAAGAUCUCGGCGACCAAGGAGGAGUACUAUCUGCUGAAGGCCCUGUCGCUGUCAAAUUGUGAUAUCAGACUGGAUAACUACAGUGCGCUCAAGAAAAUCCGUGACUCGAUACUGUACGCGCUCAACGAUUGUGUGCUGUUGCUAAGGCAACAUCAGGCAGUAUCACAUCAGCAACAGUUGCUGCUGCUGCUGCCAUCGUUAAGGCAGGCGGACCACAUUAUACGCAAAUUCUGGACGAAUGUGCAUAUCGAGGGCAAUGUGACGAUGAACAAGCUGUUUGUCGAAAUGCUCGAGUCGGUCUCGCGAUAAGAUGUGUCUUUUGUUUUUUAAAGCAACCGCUUAAGCUCUUGAACAACAACUAGCCCUAACACAAAAUGACUACAAACGCAUAGAGAGAGAGAGUAGCGAUCAAGGGCAUCGGACGCGCGCGGGCGCAGUCACGGUUGGAAGAUGUGACUAUAAUUUCGUGGAAUGGUUACCCCAGCGUUAUUCGAAUUGUUUACGUAGUUUUAAGGUACACAUACAUAUAUCUGUUUUAUUCUACUUCUGCUAGUAGCGCACUCGGUUUCUUAGAGAAACGCGCGUUGUUGCAGCUGUACAAACAGUUGUUGCUCCACCACCUGAUUGAUUGGGAGGGAGCACCUGAUGUUCAGUGUGUGUUUUUUUUCUGUGUAACUGGGUUGCAGGUUUCAAACGGAUUGAUUUCAAACGUUACGUGGACGUGAAUACGAUGGGCGAGAUUCGCUGUCGUCCUUUUCUUAUGCUAUACGUUUAUUGUGUUUAAGUUACCGCGAGACACGCCGGCUCAGUAGUGUGGUGGAGAGAGAAAGCAAUCCUCCAUCGUAAGUCAAUUGUAGGGCAAUGUUCGGACCGGUCCGAUGGCAGUUCUUAUUAGAAGAGGUGAACUCCUUCCUCACCUGCUUGUUUCAUUGAAGCACUGCAGUUAAUAUUGCCGCAUAUUACAAUGCACUGUUUGUAGCGUGCGUGUGUUAGCGCAGCAGUCAUAUUCAAAUUAAACUCCAGUGAGAUUGAUGCUUACUUUUAAAAAAAUCGAUUUUAAACGCUAAAUUCCUCAGAACAGUAGAGUAUUGUUUGUUUUAGAGAGUCAGUUUUUUUUGUUUUAAAAUAAAUAACGACCACACGCACACAAAUAGAGUUAGACACAGACAAGAGCGGCCAGAGGGACAGUGGAACAAAAUGAAGAAUUCAUAUUGCAAUAUCUAUACCCCCGUAUAGUGGCCGUAGUAAGUGCCGUAGUAAUUUAUGUACAGAAAAAAGCAAUGUUUUUUGUAAUCGCAUCAGACAGAAGAUUUGUGUAAUUGUGUGUGAGAGAGUGUGUGCGUAAGAGUGAGAGCGUGUGGUACGCGUCCACAAGGGGUGUGGCAGGUGUAUUUUUUUUAAAAUAAUGUUUUAUCGUUUGCACACUGCUGUGCGCGUUAUAGAAGAAUGAAUGUUCUUCGCCGAUUGCAAUAGAGAGAGAGAGAGACAGAGAGGGAGAAGGCAACUAACGAUGGCUGAUGCUGAACUAAAAUACUUACUGUAAAUGUGGUUUAAACGAUGUGGAAGUGUGUUGUCACGAUGCAAAGCAGCUGAAUCUCACACGCGCAAAUGUGUUUUACGAAAGCAGCUGCUUGGAUACGGAGACUCGGGGAACAUUCGAAGAGAAGGUGUGAAUAAAAGUUGCUCCCUCCAUUUUACAACAGGUAACAUUACAGUACAACUAUCCACGAGCAAACGAUCGUUCAACGUGGCGAAGAGGCGGCAAAGGGGAAGAACAAUCAGAUCAGUAUGAUUUUAUUUCGUUCGAAAGCUGCUAAACUCUACCAAAGCUGUCGCUGUAGAGUAGAGUUUUCGUUUAAUAUUUUCCUACGAGCGUAGCAAAGCUCAGACAAAAAAAGCGUAGAAAGACAAGCAAAAGUAACAGUGUAUUGUAGGGAGAGAGAGAGAGAACGACACUACAAAACCAGCAACCGAGCAUACAAAACGAAAUGGUCUUCAAGCAACUGCAACAAACGAUACAAAACCAUAGAGAAGAAUGGAAACAAACUUUUAGCCGAGUGUAAAGCCGCUUAGAAACAGUUCCAUAUAUAUUUGCAAAACCCUUUAUUAUGUACAUAUGCAACAGCAGAAAAGAGAUGUAACACGAACCGCAUUGUAAGUGAAAGCGAUAAACUUCGCUGCGUAGGUGGGGAGCGAAACUAAACGACAACAAAAGCCACAAUUCGACUGAAACCACAGGUCCUUUCACAUACAAAACGUGUGACGCAUGGUAACAGAAAGGCAUUAUUAGGCUUCGACAGCAAAGCAAAGCAAAGGGUUAAGGUUUGGAAGGAAGUGUUUUUGUUCUUUUACCCGCUUCCCGGAAGAUUAUGCAAUUUAUCCAUUGCCUGCCUGCAGUACAGCAAGUAAAUGCAGGAGCGUAGCCGUAUCUAGUAGCGAGUAGGAAAAAUCUUCCAAGAUUUUUAACCGUGUAUGUCGUGUUGGCGGGGGGAAAAACAAUGGGGAAAGCUGUAACGACGGCACUCUGGCUGGUCGACGAGUCUGGUGGGUACGUUUUAAGGUGAUUGUCUCAGGGAUUGUAUAGCGCGAUUGCGUUCUUGCGUUGUGUGCGUGACGAUAGUUUAAAAAAAAAAUGGACGUUGGACAUUGUUCGAGUAGUAGCAUAUGUUAGUUGAAAUUGAAGUGCCGUAAUGGUGAUGGUUUGUACGGCGAAAGAGAGGGAGAGAGAGAGUGUAUACGUUCCAGCAACAACAACAACAUUACACCGUCACGCGUAAAGUAGCUGAAUUGGGGCGGCGGAAUGGUUAUCGAAUGAUGAUGAUGAUGAUGGAUCGUUAAAUAGAAAUACAGCAGGCAUUAUUUUGCUAAUGCGGAAAA